AUUUUUCUCUAUAAAGUUGGGCUUUCGCCCGCGUUAGUGUGGCAGUGUCAUAUAUUUUGGGGCCACCACAUAUUCAGCGGCCCUAGUACCACACAAUAUGUUGUGGCAUUGUAUCUAAAAGUUUGUAUUUUAUCAAGGUUAUGACUGACUUGCGGGGGUGUGUGUCCAUUUGUAAUGUGGUGAUGUCAUUGUCACGUGCAGCUGUUCAACCAAUCAACGACGCUAAAAUGUUUGAAUUGAGUGCUAGUGAAGUUCGAACGGCAAUGCUUUUAAGAAAAAAUAGCAAAUGAAUUACGUCAUGGCGAAAAAUGACUAAAGUUAAUGAUAAAAAUAUCGUGCGAACAAUUUUUUAGACAUUUAAAAUGAUUUGAAGUGAGUUACACGAAAUUGUUUUAAGAGUAUCGUAAAGAAUUCAAUGUUGUAACCAAUCAAGAUGGACGAGACGAACGUUUGUCUCGCCGAGUCGCAAAUGACAAGUAUUGGCAACAUUAAUACAGGACCUGAUGAUAGUGUGUGUUCACCACAUUUGGAAGCAGUUCGGUCUCGAAUUUGUCUUGUUGGAGUGCCUGCUAGUGAUUCAAGAAUUUCCGAAGCAGCACAGGCUUUCGGUGUGCCUGUCGUAUCAUCAGAAACAGGAGCAGAAUUUCUAAAUGAUGGCUCAUGGGAUACUGUUUUUGUUUUGGAAGAAUUCAGUGGCCCUGUGUAUGAUGCCAUCCAUCGUUCAGAACAAAGAAUCCUGGGUCCUACAGCCCUUCAGCAGUAUGCAGAUAAGGGGGAGGGACUGCCAAGCAACAGUCGGCCAUUGUACAGUCUAGCCAUGUCUGGUCUGGUAAUCUGCUUCACGGGCUUUAGGAAGAAAGAUGAACUGAACCAGAUGAUCACAUUGAUCCAUAACAUGGGUGGCAGCAUACGGCGUGAUAUGGUGUCAAAAGUUACCCAUCUUAUAGCCAAUGCCUGUGGAGGGGACAAGUACCAAUAUGCUGUGACAUUCCGUGUGCCUGUGAUGGGCGAAAAAUGGGUGCAUGCCAUGUGGGAGAAACGAAACGAAAUAACUAUUUCAGCUGCAAGUGAAGAGAUGAUGUGUUACAAGCUGAAGCCGUUCCAUGGUGCACGUGUGUGUUUCUGUGGUUUCCCAGAUGACGAAAGGCAGCACAUGACGGAGGUGUUGCAGGAGAAUGGAGGAACAGCUACAGAACUGGAAGACCCCACCUGCACACAUGUGGUGGUAGAUGAGUCAGCUGUGCAGAAUAUUCCCGAGAAGGCUCCUCUCCGGGCUCCUAUCGUAAAAGCCGAGUGGUUUUGGGUAUCAGUUCAAAAUGAAGGUUGUGCAGAUGAGAAGGAAUAUCUCUUUGAAGAUUACCUUGAGACAAUGCUUAGUCCAAAUGGACGUUGCGGUUCUCAGACUCCUAAUGCCUCUUCCUCAACACGAGCUCGGAAGAGGAAGCGGUUACGUGAAGCAAUGUGUAGACUAAUACAAAACGAAUCACCAGCACUGCACAAGAGGCGGUCAUCUGUCAGUGACGCAGGCCUGCUGAGCAUCAGUGGUUCCUUCCUGGACUGUACUGUUAGUCCAGAAAAGCAACCUGAUGAAUCAGAAUCAGUGGCAAAUGACACACCAAGGAAAAUCCAAAGUCCCAGGCAGCAAGUGUUCAUGGAACUGGUUCAGACAGAGUCCAACUAUGUGGGCAUUCUUUGUACUAUCAUGUCAAUGUUCAAAACGCCAUUGGAGGACUUGAGUGAAUCAGAAGGCCAGUUGCUAAACAACACAGAACUGAAGAUUAUCUUUGGAAACCUUCCUCCCAUCUUUGAAGUCCAUAAGCAGAUGUUGGAGGAGCUCUGUUGGGCUGCUUCUCACUGGAAGGAAGACUUUAGCAUUGGGCAGGUGUUCCUUAAAUAUGCACCUGAUUUGGUAAAGGCCUAUCCACCAUUUGUUAAUUUCUUUGAGAAUACCAAAGAGAUGCUAGUGAAGUGUGACCAGACAAAGCCGCGGUUCCACGCUUUUCUGAAGAUCUGUCAAACAAAACCAGAAUGUGGGCGACAGAGCCUGCAGGAGCUUCUGAUUCGCCCUGUUCAGCGCCUUCCCAGUAUCAGUCUCUUAUUGAGUGACAUUCUGAAGCACACCAACAAGAGUAACCAGGACUACAGUGCACUGGAGCAGGCUCUGAGCAGCAUACGGGAAGUAAUGAUGCACAUAAACGAGGACAAGCGCAAGACCGAGGGCCAGCUUGUUAUGUUCGACAUUUUCAAUGACAUAGACAACUGCCCUGCACAACUGGUGUCCUCGCAUCGUAGUUUCAUUGUACGUUGUGAUGUCAUAGAAUUGAGUGAUGGGCUGAGUGGACGUGGGGACAGUCUAGUCUUCUUCCUGUUCUCGGACAUGAUGGAGGUGUGCAAAAAACGCUCAAAGGUUUUCAACUCUCUUAAAAGUCCCAACACAACAAGCAGCCUGCAUUCUAUGAAGCUGAGUAAUGGGAAGCCAUAUAAACAUAUCCGUCUCGUACCCUUGUCUAAUAUCAAGCGAGUCAUCAACAUAAAGGAAAGUGAUGAUUGCCAUAACGUGUUUGCAUUGAUGUGCCGAAGUAACCAGGAGUUGAAAGAGAAGUUGUACUCCUUUAUUUUGGCAGACGAAGAAACAGACAAACUUGCCUUCCUUAGGAUGCUCUGUCGUCAGAUGGCAAACACACUCUGCAAAGCUGAUGCAGAUAACUUCCUUGCUUCGCUCGAGUCACACCAACUGGACAUUGAUACCAGUGAUGUGACACUAGGCACACUCGGUAAAGCAUUCAAGUUUGCUUCUCGGACAAAAAUGAAAGUAGGGCGAGCCUUUAGUUUCAAUAAAACUCCUAGCAAGUUGAAACGAGCAGUUUCAACAAUGAUGAGUCCGUUUGGUAGUACAACAAGUCUCACCCCAGCAUCACAACUCGCACAGAUGAGACUAGCCAGCUGCAAUAAUCUCAAUGAACUGGAAAGUUCUCCAAUUACAGAAGAACCGUCGUAUGUUGCUCCAAUGUCUGUCCAACCAACACGAAAAAACAAAUGUUCGUCGCUCAACAUGGCUGCUCUUCACAGGUUAUAACCUUGAUGGUACAAGCACAUUAUUUAAGGAGUGGUUCAUUAGUUUCUGCAACACUUUUGGUGCGGAAAAGCCAGGUUAUAAAGGUGUAUGUACGUAUGGCCAGUACAGAAAUGUGUGCGUGGUUGUCGGCAAUCAAAACAUGAAUUUGUACAAAAGAAAAAAAAGAAAGAAGAUUGGAAAUUAAGCAGAGUGAAUAAAAAUGUAUAAGCUGAAAUUAUGGUAAUAUUUUUAAGGGACCAAGAUGGACUGUUGUUACAUGUGAGUAUGCUCUUAAGGCUCAUCCACUUAAGAAGUAUUUAUUUAAUUGGUUUAUUACUAAAACAAGCUGUAUAUACUGGAAUCAUAUGUGUGUCUUGUUAACCUUUAUCAUACAGGAAAAUCGGGAUUUAAGUCUGCUAUUGUGGCACUGGUGGCCAGGUUUUAAUUUGGUUGUAAUGGCAUUUAUGUUGUCAGCAGUGUGUUGCUAGACCUGCUGUGACCUACACACAUGCUGAAUCAUAUCCAGUUGUGAUUAAUCACAUACUGUAUUAAGUACAUAUUAUGGUUUCUUAUUAUUUAUCAUAUAGCUUAUAUGCUGUUUGACUGGGAUAGGAUCUGUGAACAUGAAUAUCAUUAUGAUUUUAGUCUUUUAGGAAAACUCAGUGCUUACUGCAGUGUAGUCUCCCAUAAAAGGUCAAAAUUUUGUAAUUAUGAACAUAAGAUUAUGGAGGAAACUUGUGAUGUUAUGUUCUGAGUGUUAGCAUGGUGGACUAAAUGUAUUUCAGGUUUUCUGUCUGGGGUACAGAUUUACCUUUGCUGACCCCUUGGGUUCCAGCAUACCUGACAUCACAUGUGUUCAGCACAAAUGCUAUUACUGUAAAUUAAAAUCUGGCUCUAUAUGCUACUCCCAGACAAAGAAGGUGGUGUUUGCUGGAUUUGAGGUUCUCAUGUCAGUGACUAGGAUGAGUACAGUCUUCUUAUGCCAAGUAGUCUGCUAGAGGCUCACCAGUGUUUCAGGGAAACAUACUGUGUGCAUCUCCAGAGUCAAGUAAGCAAGCUAGCAAGAAACUAGCAGAUUUACUUGUAGAUUACUUACUUUGCUUAUUCUUUUACCCUGAAGAUGGAGGCAAAACAUUCCUCCAAAAUUUAAUUGAACUUCUGUGAGAUGUUACAGAAUCACAUCCCAGAAGAGGGUUCUGUGUUAAGGAAAUAUAAUUCCCCCACCAUGGAACCAUCCUUUUAUUGGAGACUUUUGGUUUUAGUGGGAAUCUUUGUUGAGGAAAGUUAGUUAUGAGUUAAUGCUCAUGUCGAGCUGUAUCUUCCAUUUCCCCUAUUCUAGGUUCACCGAAAUGAGGAAUGUUGCUCGCCACCAGAGCAUGUCCUCUGUAAACAGGUGUUAAGGUGUUUGCAGUGAAAUCAGUAGACCUGAGUAACAAUUUUUGGUUUAUCUGCUGUCUCUUUAUACAUUUUUAUUCACUUGCUAAUCGGAGAAACAGACUGGUUAUUUCAAACCGCAGAUCCAUGAGGGCCAAGGUGAGAGAGGAAGGAACCUGCAUUUCAUACAGGAAGGAAUGCAGAAUUUCCAUAGGCCAUAUUGAAAAUACAGAAUCUCUUUUUCUGAUUGGCAAUUUGAUAAUGCUCUAUAGUUUUGAUUUUUAGUAAGUUGUUAUACAGCAUUUUCAUUUAUAUAUAGUUUGGCCAUAUUGUUUUGAGAAAUAGUUUUCAUGUGAACAAUAUGUGACACUUAAUUUGGUUAUAUAGAGUGUCCAGGGCAUGUGUCCAUUGUUUUUAGAGCAAAUAUUUUUUUGUCAUAGAUUACACAAAGCAUAGCAGAUAUAAAAAUACGUUUUGAGAUAUGAGGUUUUCAUGGCAGUGAAUAUUAAAAUUACAGUCUUCUGUUGUGAGGCUCCAUGUAGUCUGGAGAAGACCCUGAAGAUAGAGACAACAGGUUUGUCUUUAUAUCCCAGAAUGCUGUAAUCUUCAAGAUUUUAGUAGUAGUAGGUAGAAUUUGAUAUAUAAGAUUUGAGGCUUUCACGGCGGUGACUAUGAAGAAAGCAGUCUUCUGGGCUUUGGCGCCGUGUAU